AUGGAUCUCUCAGAGGAUCCAGACCUGCAGCCCAUCCUCUUUGGGGUGUUUCUGUCUGUGUACUUGGUCACAGUGCUGGGGAACCUGCUCAUCAUUCUGAUUGUCAGCUCUGACUCCCGCCUCCACACCCCCAUGUACUUCUUCCUCUCCAACUUGUCCUUUUCUGACAUCUGCUUCAUCUCCACCACGGUCCCAAAGAUGAUUAUGGACGUCUGGUCUCAGAACAGAGUCAUCUCCUAUGUGGACUGCCUGACACAGAUGUCUCUGUUUAUCAUUUUCAUAUGUUUGGAUGAUAUGCUUCUGACGGUGAUGGCCUAUGACAGGUUUGUGGCCAUCUGUCACCCUCUGCGAUACCAUAGCAUCAUGAACCAUCAUCUCUGUGGAUUCUUCAUUUUUGUGUCCUUUAUAUUUAGUUUGUUGAUUUCCCAGCUGCAAAAUUUGACCAUUUCACACUUUACCUACUUUAAGGACACAGAAAUUACUAACUUUUUCUGUCAUCCUUCUCAACUUCUUAAUAUUUCCUGUUCCGAUACCAUUACCAAAAAUCUAGUCAUGUAUUUUGUUGGUGCCAUCUCUGGUUUUCUUCCUCUCUCAGGAAUCUUUUUCUCUUACUACAAAAUUGUUUCCUCCGUUCUGAGAAUCCCAUCAUCAGUGGGUAAAUAUAAAGCCUUCUCUACCUGUGGGUCUCACCUCUCAGUUGUUUGCUUAUUUUAUGGAACAGCCAUUGGAGAUUACUUUGCAUCUGCUGCAUCAAAUUCUCCUAGAAAUAGUGCAGUGGCCUCACUGAUGUACACAGUUUUCACUCCUAUGCUCAACCCCUUCAUCUACAGCCUGAGGAACAAGGACAUUAAAAGUGCCCUCCAAAAACUUUAA